GCGAUUUUUAUCAUAAAUUGAACGUUUGUUCUUGAGUACAAAAGUUUUCACGCGUAGCAGGAUCACUCCACGAAGCGAAGCGCCUCCAAUCGCCGCCGUUACUCUAAUGGACCCCUUCAAUCCUUCAAGCUCAUUCUUUCCGGCGUGGUCGCGUCGUUGUACCUCGCCAAUUAAUCUCUUGAGACCGCCUCCGGUGGACUGCGCGAACACUCUUGCCUUCGGGGCAAGAGUUGGAGAGGCGAAGAUAAUUACGGGAAAGACUAAUGUAUAUGUGAAGAUUAAUCUGGAUGGUCAGGCUGUCUCUGAAACGAAUACCGGGAUUCCUUUACUGGAUCAGAUGAUAGAUCAACUUGCUUCACAUGGGUUAUUCGAUGUGCAUGUAAAGGCCCAUCGGGAUAUUAUUUCUGAUGAUUAUCACAGAACUGAAGGCGUUGCCAAUGCAAUAGGGACUGCUAUGUUGCAAGCACUUGAUGAUAGGAAAGGAAUAAGCCUCUACGGAGACUUCUCAGCUCCUCAUGCUGAAGCACUCGUACAGGUUUCAUUGGGUUUGUCUGGAAAGCCACAUUUGAGUUAUGGUUUGAACAUACCAACAGAGAGAGUGGAAAAUUAUGACACACAGCUGGUGGAGCACUUCUUUCAGUCGCUAGUCAAUACCUCUGGGAUGACAUUGCACAUACAACAGCUUGCUGGGAGAAAUUCUCGCCACAUUAUCGAGGCAACCUUCAAGGCUUUUGGAAGGGCUCUUAGGCAAGCAACAGAACGUGAUCCUCGCCAUGGUGGUGGUUGCCCAAGGUCAAUGCAUUAAGGUUUCCUUUGUCUCUUUCUCAUCUUGUGCUGCUUUUCUCGUGUAUUAAGUAUUGUUUGUUGUGACAUAAGCCAGACCAAUCAUCAUAUUAAGUACGAUGUAUGUUUAGAUAUUGGACAUCGAGUGACUAGUGGUGAGAGAAGUAACACCCUUUCCUCGUAUCUGUGAAUUAUGGACAUUGUCAUUUUACAGUUAUAAGGUGUCAAAACUGAUCCAGAGUUCGAGUUCAUAACGUUCUCUCUUUGGCCUUAGAGAACGUUUUGAGUAUGUUGUAUUAUGGGUGAGUUUGACCCCGUCUUAGAACAACGGAUUGUAGAAGAAAUUGAUAUCAUAAAAUUGUGUGGGGAAAAGGCUGCAAAAUUUUAAGGUUUUUGUAUUCA